GCCAAUCAGUUGGUUGUUGCUGUACACAAUCUUCAAACUGCUAAAUUUAAACCAAGGCAGGUUGAAAGGGAAGGGACGUUUGAGAAAAAGGAACGAAUCCUCUUGUUAAGUUUGUAUUGACUUUUAAUUUCUAUUUAUUUAUGACAACAUUCAAAACGUAGAAGAAAAUGUCAAGUGCGCUAAGACGAGAGGAAAUACGCAAGGAAGUGCCAGACAUUGUCAUUGAUCCUGGGAGUGGAAAAAGAUACCUAAAAGGCAGAUUUCUGGGCAAGGGAGGUUUUGCAAAAUGUUACGAGUUGACAGACACAGAUACAAAGGAGAUUUUUGCUGGAAAGAUUGUUCCCAAGUCCCUCCUGGUGAAACAGCACCAGAAAGACAAGAUGACCCAAGAGAUCAGUAUUCAUCGCAGUGUUUCCCACAAACAUAUCGUUAAAUUUCACAGUUUCUUUGAGGACAUGGACAAUGUUUACAUACUGCUGGAACUGUGUCGUAGACGGUCUUUGAUGGAACUGCACAAGAGAAGGAAAGCAGUCACAGAACCAGAGGCCCGUUACUUUGUGCGACAAGUCAUUCUCGCUUGUCAGUAUCUACACAACUUCAAAGUCAUCCAUAGAGAUCUGAAGCUAGGAAAUUUAUUUAUCAACGAUGAAAUGGAGGUCAAAAUUGGAGACUUUGGAUUGGCUACAAGAGUGGAUUACGAUGGGGAAAGGAAAAGAACAUUAUGUGGCACCCCUAAUUACAUUGCCCCUGAAGUCCUUGGAAAGAAGGGCCACAGUUACGAAGUUGAUGUAUGGUCUCUUGGUUGUAUACUGUACACAUUACUGGUGGGGAAGCCUCCAUUUGAAACAUCCUGUUUAAAGGAUACCUACUUGAAAAUCAAGAAAAAUGAAUAUCACAUUCCCUCCCGUGUCAGUCAACCUGCCAAAAACUUAAUCGCUAAACUACUCAAAGGUGAUCCCACAGACAGACCAGGCAUGGAGGCCCUGUUGGAGGACGAAUUCUUUCACACAGGUUACCUUCCCCCUAGACUCCCUACCAGUUGCCUGAGCAUGGCUCCUAGAUUUGAUACACUAGCCCGCUCAGAAGCAUUAUCAAGACGACCUCUACUAGAAAUCAACAGAGCUGAUGGAAAUUCACGACCACAGACUGCUCCAACAGACAUGAAAAAAGACGACAAGUAUCCGCAGGAAUCUGAACAAGACGCUGAUGAAGGACGAAGGAAAGGAAGUGAUGAACCAGCAGACUAUUAUUUAUCAGACCUAUUUGCCGUCCUUUCAACUGUGAUAGCAUCUAAACCAUCGGAAAAAAUCCAAAUACAAGAGGAAGAGGCGGAGGACCCUGCAUCUAUUCCUAUUUACUGGGUCAGUAAGUGGGUGGACUACUCUGACAAGUAUGGCUUAGGCUAUCAGCUGUGUGACAACAGUGUGGGGGUACUGUUCAAUGACUCAACACGCCUCAUCCUGCUAGCCAACGGAGAGAAUGUGCAGUAUAUAGAGAGAGAUGGUACUGAACAUUACCACACUCUUAAAGUGUUCCCAGAAACCCUGACCAAAAAAGUUACUUUACUGAAGUACUUUAGGAACUACAUGAAUGAGCACCUACUCAAGGCUGGAGCCAACAUGACACCCAGGGAGGGGGAUGACAUGACCAGAUUGCCUUUCCUCAGACACUGGUUUAGGACGAGGAGUGCCAUUGUUUUACACCUCAGUAAUGGAACGUUACAAAUCAAUUUCUUCCAAGACCACACAAAGAUCAUUUUAUGUCCACUUAUGCAAGCAGUCACAUACAUCGACGAAAAGAGAGAUUUUCAUGUCUUUAAACUGAGUGGUAUUGAAAAGUACGGAUGUACCCGAGAACUGGCCAGCAGACUCCGAUAUGCCAGGACAAUGGUGGAACGUCUCAUGACCUCUAAAUCUGGGUCGGGUCGUAUCAAGUCAGCCAAUCCCUCCACAUCCUAGUGUGUCCAUAGUUUUGUGGUGUGAAAUUCAUGACGUUGUAGUGCUGGGAAGGAGUAAGCACUCUGCUAACAUGUUGAGCCCCCUACGUGCCAAGAUCAAGACAAAAAGUCUACUUGCCCCAAGAAAGUCCAUUUUCAGGGAGUGGUUUGAAUGUCAUAGGUGCAUGUAGGUCUAAAUAAAAUUGAGAAUGUUUUUGUAGAGGAUGUUGAAAAAUGUCAAUUGAAAAAUUAUGAAUGUGAUUACAGAUAAAGAUGUCUUUCAUUGUCUCUAAGAAAGAUAUCACAUUUUUGUAUGUCAUAAUUUUUUUUUUGGUCAGAUUUCAUUGACUUAGUUAUAGUCUUAUUCAGUCUUUGGUUCAACAAGCAAUGUCAUUAGAUUAUUAUUGUUUUUCUUUAAGGGGGAAAAAUUGCCAGAAUAUCAUAGUAAACUAAUCAUGUAAGGAGAGAUGAAUUUUUAUUGAAUCAUGAAUCUGUGGUCAUUAGGUUAGUGCUGGGUUAACUCUCUUUGAAUGUGAUAAAUUACAUGUACGCAAGAGCCUCAUUGUAUGUCACACCUGUUUUUCAGUGCUUUGUUUUGUUGACACUGGUUUUUCAUGGCUUGAAGAUUGUUGGAUUUUUUUGCCCCUCUUUUUGAUUAAGAAAAAUGAAGUAGUGGGAAAAUAACAAUUCAAUUUAAUAUUUUCUCUAGUUAUUUAUAUAUUAUGUAGGCACUUGAAAAAUUCUUUUUCAAAGAAAGAAGAGAGUAUGGUAUUAUGAGAAGAGAAAUGUGUUCACAUUGUAAAUAUAAGCUGUUAUGUAUGUUAACUGAUUGUAUGCUAUAUACUGGAUACUCAAGUGUUUAAUAAUAUAAGGUUAGAAACUACAUUUAAAUGGUUGUUAUCCAGACAUAAAAAUCACUUGAAUAGCAAAGUAAUUUAUUUUCUUGUUUUUAGUUUUAUUUUGAUAAAUAUAGUACAUGUUUAUGUUAACAGAGUGCUGGGAAUAAGCAUCCUUAAAGUCGGGGCGUGAAAUCAGAUGCCCCUAAACAUACAAUCCAGGAAAUGGUGGGAAAGGAGAGUCUAUAUUAUUUGAAAAUUUGUGUUUUUCAUUUCUUUUCUUGUGACUGAUUUUUAGUGAAUUUGCCAACAAGCUAAAACAAAACAUGUUUUUAAAUAAAACAAAAAUUUAUAUUGUAAAUCAUGUGAAUAUGAAUAUACUGUAUGUGCCAUUUUAUGUUUCAGUAGAUUUAAAAACAGUUGAUUGCAUAGCGCCAUUGAUUAAUUUGUGGUGACACUGAAAAAACCAAUCCUUUUGUGAAACAUUAUAGGAGAUGAAUGCUAUUCUGGCACAACUAAGUUAAAGAUCAAACUGAAAACUUUUUUAUACUUAGGAACUUUGUUAUACUUUUUUGUCUGUCUCUCCUUUCUGUCUAUCUUGUAAAAUCACACAGUAUCACAGUUAUCAAUAAAUGAAGAAAACAC